AAAACCAUAACACAUAAAAUGCCAAAAACAAAGGUCUCGUUCUGAAAAACAGCAAUUGAAUCCAUGGGACAUUCCCUUAGCAAACUACGACGAUUCCACCAUCAAAACCAAACCCAUCUUCCUUCACUAAAUAAUCCAACAUCCUUCAAUGGCAGUUCUACUCAGAACAUCUCAAUUCCAUCAUCCUCGCCGUCUUCUUCUUCUUCUUCUUCUUCUCCUGAUGUUAAUGCACCCCGCCCUUCUGCUUCCAUGAUGUCUCCCCCGCCUCCUUAUGUCGAUCACACAACCGCCAAGAAGAUCAAGAAUGAUAUUAAUAUUCAUAAGGACAGUAUUUCGCUUUUCCUUGAUCACACUCACUGGGAUUCUCACUUGAUUUCUUUCACUUUUGAUGCUCUUGUCGAUGGCAGUAUCACCAUAUUUUACUUUGCCAAGGAAGGACCUAACUGCAAUUUCAUGCCAAUGUAUCCUGAAAUUUAUAUGCCUAAGACAAUUCCAUUCCAUAAAGGAUUGGCUCAGAAAUUCUAUCAGCCAUCAGGAACCGGCAUCGACAUCGGUUUCUUCGCAUUCGAUCUUCUUUCAAGACCCUCAAAGGAAGAGGAUGACAUUUUCCCACUUGUUUUAUAUGCAGAAGCAUGUUUACCAACUUUAAUGGGAACUGCAGAUAUUGGUCAGCCUCCACCAUUUUCGAUUUCUCCUCAUGCACAAAUCACUGAAGCUGCUUUGAAGCUGAACAAUGAGGGCCAUUUUGAAGUGAAAGUAAUUAAGCAAAUAUUGUGGAUCGAAGGGAUUCGAUACGAGCUCCGGGAUAUCUACGGGUUUGAGAAUUGUAAUGAACAAGGUUUGGAUGAUGACAGUGAAACGUUUGGGACAUGUGUGAUUUGCAUGACUGAGCCAAAAGAUACUGCUGUUUUGCCUUGUAGACAUAUGUGUAUCUGCAGUGAUUGUGCAAAACAAUUGAGGUUGAAAUCGAAGAGGUGUCCUGUAUGUCGCCAUUUGAUCCAAGAACUUAUAGAGAUAAAGAUUGAAAAUCAAACCAAUCAAAGCCGGUUUAGAAGGAUAGCAGAAUAAAAAGGAAAACACACAAGACUCAUUGGAUGGACAGUGUUUAUAAACAUCUUUUGUGGCAUAUAUUA